AUGUUACGCCGGCGUUUUGUGAAUCUGGUAGCGCAGAAUUCCGACGGCGUUUAUUCGCUGCGCCGCAUCGAAGCGGCCAAGCAUCUUUUCUACCCGUCAAUAAAAGAAGCAGAAGAGUCAGCAAACGACGAGAAGAAGAAAUACAAGACCUUGCGGCGGCUGCCUGACCCGAUCACGAGCUUCGAUCCGUCCCCCGUUGGUGUGUUGUUUCCUGGCCUGGAAUGGUUCGAGCUCCUCGCACCCCGCAGCGGCGAGGGUCGGAUCGUCAACUCCAACAAGGCUGGCCACACCGCCAUGUUCGACGCCGACAAGUCUCUCUAUCUCGCGCUGCCCAACCUCUCCCAGGCCAAAGGCACGAGCCCAGUGAGCUUCUCCGUCACCCACCCAGGCAGCGGGCAGGAUAGCCUCUACGUCUUGCACAGGUAUCCUGGUCAAGCUGUUGCCCAGGCUCGGUUUGUACCCGACCGAAGCGAGCACCCCCGCUCCUGCUUCGAGGUUCUUGAGUACAAGGGCCUGUCCAAUGAUGGCAACGUCCCUAACAAGGGCUGGGAUUGGCGGCUUCUUCCUCCUCCUCCAUUUGUCCGUGAACCUGGAUACCAGCCCUCCAUGAUUAACUCCCACACAACAAUCAAGGACGCCAAUGGCUGUACCACUAUCUGCAUAUCGUCCGACAAGAUCGGCACCCACUGCUUUGACACGUGGUGCUUCGAUUCUACCCACCAUCUUAGGUGGAAGCACCUGGACGUGUGGAAGCAAGUUGGGGAGUGGGAACUGCCGUUCUAUGGGAGAGCCGAGCAUGUUCCCGAACUGGGCAUAUUGUUGGGCUUCACGGCCGGCAGAAAACCUCACCACCUAUGCGCUGUGGACCUCUCCACCAUGGACAUGGAUGGCCAAGCACCCACAUGGCAGCACGUCUGGGACAAUGCCACCCUGCCUGGCGAGAAGAAUUGGUACCCUCUGUUUUUCAGGCUCAUCAACAUGGGUGACAACAGGUUUUGCGUGGCCAAGCUCUUUGGAGAUGUUGAAAUGGGCAAGCAGUUUGCUGUUCUUACCGGCAUAGAGAUGGAGCGUGGCCAAGACGGCCUCCGGAUGGUCCAGCACAAGCGCACUCGUUACGUAUUCAAUCGCAUCGAUGUCAAGUGGGUGCUCUGA